AUGAUCAAAUGUUUGGUGGAAGAUGUGCGAGCCAGGCUGCGUUCUGGAGUGACUAUCAGCUCACUGGGGCAGUGUGUUGAGGAGCUUGUCCUCAAUAGCAUUGAUGCCAAAGCAACAUGUGUAGCUAUCAGGGUGGAUUUGGAAGCUUUUAAGAUCCAGGUGGUGGACAACGGCUCCGGGAUGGGGAGAGAGGACUUAAAUGCAAUGGGAAAACGGUACUUCACCAGCAAAUGCAGCUCAGUGGGAGACUUGGAGAACCUGAAGUUCUAUGGCUUUAGAGGGGAGGCUGUGGCAAGCAUAGCCAACAUGGCCAGCGUAGUGGAAGUUUCAUCUAAGACCAGCAGGACAGCAAACACAUUUGUGAAACUGUUUCACAAUGGGCAAGCACUGGAAGUCUGCGAAGCUGAAUUGAGCAGACCAAGUGGUGGAACUACAGUCACUGUGUGUAAUCUGUUCCAUCAGUUACCAGUAAGGAGAAAGUGUAUGGAUCCUGUGCUGGAAUUUGAGAGGGUGAGACAGAAAGUAGAGGCUAUUUCGCUGAUGCACCCCUCUGUUUCACUUUCUUUAAGGAAUGAUGCUUCUUGUUCUAUGGUGCUUCAACUCCCUAAGACAAGAGAUGUAUACUCCCGGUUUUGUCAAAUUUAUGGACUGGGCAGAUCCCAGAAGUUACGAGAAAUAAAUUAUAAGUCUGGGGGAUUUGAGCUAAGUGGUUAUAUCAGUACUGAAGGACAUUACAACAAGAAUAUGCAGUUCUUGUAUGUGAAUAGGAGGCUUGUUUUAAAGACGAGACUACAUAAACUAAUUGAUUUUUUAUUAAGAAAAGAAAGUGUCAUUUGCAAGGCAAAAAGUGGCCCUGCGAGCAGACAGGCUAGUUCAAGCCCUGGUCGCCAUCGUUGUGGCCCAGAGUUGUACGGGAUCUUUAUUCUUAAUGUGACCUGUGUGUACAGUGACUAUGAUGUGUGUCUGGAACCUGCAAAAACUCUAAUCGAGUUCCAGAAUUGGGAUGUUCUUCUAACUUGCAUAGAGGAAGGAGUGAAAAUAUUUUUGAAACAAGAACACUUAUUUAUUGAACCAGGUAGUGAGGACAUCAGAGAAUUUAAUGAAGAUAAUGACUUUUGUUUGUAUAACGCUGCAGCUCUCAAGCCCUCACUCUCUGACAAGAAGAGUAUCCAAGACAGUUUUAAGAAAGCAUGUGAUGAAAUUGUGGAUUCCUAUGAAAUGUCUAACUUUCAAUCAAAAGAUGUCAAAAGGAAAUCUGUGACUGGAAAAAAGUCUUCAAAUCUUAUAGAGUCAGAUAAAAAUCUACAGGAAACCGAAAUUGCCCCAAAUCAGAAGAUUGCUGAACUGUCUGAUCCAUUUAUAAAAAGCACUAGAAGACAAAUAGCUGUGCCGAGAUCUCAGCCCUCUAAGAAGCUGAGCUUGUCCACACAGCUGGGUUCGUUAGAAAAGUUCAGGAGAUACUAUGGGAGAGUUAAUAAAAAAAGUAUAAGUUGUAAAAGAUCUCCAGGAUCAUUAUCAUCUAAACUGUCCAGAAUGAAAAGUGACCACAAAGUAGUAGAACAACUUGACAACACAAGCACGGACAAUCCCAGGAAUGAUCUGUGGUGUUCUGACUGGCUGCAAGAUUUUGAUGUUUCAUCGGGUAGGACAAUAUACAUCAAUACAGCAACUGGACUGAGCACCUAUGGCACUCCUCCUACUGAAGGAUUUCAAGCUGCCUGCAUUCAAGAUAUAACAACAAUGGCUGUGAAUGUUGUCUCAAAGAAUGGGAUUUGGUUCAGGUGCCAUCCCUUUAGAAGUGAGAUUGUGCUACCCUUCCUUCCUAGACCUCGAAAAGAGAAGACUCUAGCAAGCCAGGAUCUGAGAGAUGAUGAAGGGGAGUCUCUCCAGUCAUUGCUUUCAGAAUGGGAUAAUCCUGUUUUUGUUCCCUGCCCAGAGAUUGCUGUUGAUGUGACCAGCAGUCAGGCUGACAAUCUGGCUGUGAAAAUUCACAAUAUCUUGUAUCCUUAUCGUUUCACCAAAGAAAUGGUUCAUUCAAUGCAGGUUCUUCAGCAAGUGGACAAUAAAUUUAUUGCUUGUUUAAUCAACACUAGGAAUGAAAUGGAUAAACAGGCAGAUUCCUAUGAGAAGGAAGCUGCAGCAUGUGGCAAGAAGAAAUUACUGUCCUCUUCCAUCUCUCCCCCUUUGGAGAUUGAAGUUACGGAAGAACAAAGAAGAUUUCUACGAUGCUGUUACAAAAAUUUGGAGGACUUGGGUCUUGAAUUAUCAUUUCCUGAGACCAACAGCUCCUUGAUUCUAGUGAGGAAAGUGCCGCUCUGUUUUAUAGAAAGAGAAGCCAAUGAAUUACGACGGAAAAGACAACCUGUCACUAAAAGCAUUGUGGAGGAGCUUAUUCAAGAACAAGUUGAGCUAGUGCAGACCACAGGAGGAGGAGCACGAGGGACACUGCCUCUGACGUUUCUGAAGGUGUUAGCUUCCCAGGCCUGUCAUGGAGCUAUUAAGUUUAAUGAGCAUUUGACUUUGGAGGAGAGCUGCAGGCUUAUUGAAGCUUUGUCAUCUUGCCAGCUGCCCUUCCAGUGUGCUCAUGGAAGACCUUCCAUGAUGCCUCUUGCAGACACAAACCAUCUACCACAGGAAAAGCAGCCUAAACCUAAUUUGGCUAGACUGCGGAAGAUGGUGCGAGCAUGGCACCUAUUUGGAGAGAAAAGACCCUAAUCAAAGCUGCAGCCACUGGAAGUGUUGGGGUGAUCCAGGUUCCCCUGUUGUUAGACAACAAUACCCUAUGUGGAGCCAACUUUCUGAGCCGGUGUGGUCACCAAAGUUCUGCUCCGACUACUGACCUAAGAAGCAGAGACCAGCCAGAAGAACA